CUUCCCCACUGAAUUCUGAUCCAACAGGUGCCAUUUCCGCAAAAUGAAGGGUGCAAUCCAGGGUUUGGUUUUAAUCUCUCUCCUGAUAGCAGUCUCUGACGUAAAAGGUGAAGAGAAUUUUAUGAAGCUUUGUGGGAGAGAAUUCAUAAGAGCUGUCGUCUUCACAUGUGGGGGAUCCCGAUGGAGAAGGCAUCUGACUGACGAUCCACAAGAUCUAUUCGAAGACAGAGAAAGUCACCUGCAUUUGCCACGUGAAAACAGUGAUUCAACAGAACCCUUGGAAUAUGGCAUUCAGAAUCCAGAACCCAUGAGGGAAGAAACCCUUAACAACAAACCCCAGUCUCAGAGAGACUUAAGAGGCACCAGGCAAAAGUCUAUACAAGAAAGGCGGGAAGUGGUUUCGCUGCUUACUACAUCCUGCUGCAGCAUUGGCUGCAGCGAAAAAGAUAUAAGUUCACUGUGCUAAAAUGUAUCAGAUGCUGGAUGGAUUAUAUCCAUAGCUUUAAUACAUUAAAAUAAUCACAACAUGUAA